GAACGAGUACACGGAUAGAUAACACCGGGUGUGCGAAGGCGACGGAGACAGAAAGUUGCAGGUUACAAGCAGGCCAGUCUGCCGUCGGCCCGCGCUCGAGCCGCAUGCCCGUAGCGCUCCGCUAUCGGAACUUGUACCCAACAUGAACGUCUCGCGUUACGCUGCUCGCUCCGCCUCGCCGCGUCGCCGAUAAAAUCUGCGAAUCCGAUAUUCGGCCGAUAGUGAGACAACAUUAGUGUUACGAGAACGCUCGCCGACCAUGUGAUCGCUCCCCGCCGAUGGGAGCGAAAACCGAACAAAAAAGCCGCCUGCUAAUGUAUCCCGGCUACAAAAAAGGGAUAAAAAGGCUAUUCCUGGAAUGCGCACAUGUCGACGCUGGGUAACAGGCAGCUACUGAUCCCGCAGUGUCGUCGAGAUGCCCCGCAGGAGUAAGUGGAUGCAUCUGGUGGCGGGCGUCGUCGCCGGCGUCACCCUCGGGGUCUUCCUCAAGCUCUGCUUAAAGCCAUCCUCGAGGACCUCUAUAGAAGCAUGUGAAGCAGCAAAACUUAUAUCGCCGGACCCGCUGGCUUUAAUAGAUUUAAGCCCGGAAGAGACUAUCCAGAAUUCCAAUAGGAGUUUAGUGUUUGUAGGAGUGAUGACUGCCGAGCAGUAUUUGAAUACUAGAGCGAAGGCUGUGAUGGAAACGUGGGCCCAGGACUUGCCCGGUCGGAUAGCGUUUUUCAGUUCGGAGGUGUCUCGAGCCCCGGGGCUUCCGCUGGUGCCGCUGCGGAAUGUGGACGACAGCUACCCGCCACAGAAGAAGUCGUUCCUCAUGUUGUUAUACAUGUACGAGAAGUACGGUGAUAGGUUUGAGUGGUAUAUGCGCGCGGACGAUGACAUUUACGUGAGAGGUGAUAAGUUGGGUGAAUUUUUGCGUUCGGUGGACAGUAGGAAGCCACAGUUCAUCGGUCAGGCGGGGAGAGGGACUAACGAUGAGCGUGACGCUUUGGCUUUGGAUUAUAAUGAGAAUUUUUGUAUGGGUGGACCGGGAGUGAUGAUGUCGAGGGAGACAUUGAGGAGGGUGGCCCCUCACGUGAAGUACUGUUUGAAACACCUGUACACGACACACGAGGAUGUGGAGCUGGGAAGGUGCGUGGCCAAGUUCGCCGGGGUGUCGUGCACGUGGAGUUAUGACAUGCAGACGAUUCUCCACCACAACGGCAGCGGUGCAGCGGCGUACACCGGGCGUCUGAAGAAGCGUGAGGUGCACCGAGCUAUUACUCUGCAUCCUGUGAAGGACCACCGCCAUAUGUACAGACUGCAUACUUACUUUAAGAACCUCCGUAUCCAAGACACCCGUGAGCUAUCAGUAGACCUGCACAGAGAUAUAGCGAUGUGCAUGAAAGAGUUGCAUGUACCGCAAGAGCAAGUGGCUGACUACAUGCUUCCAGGGGACGUGCCACUCUUCCCUGCCAAGAUCGGAGACAGGGACUACGCGGGAGACAACACUAUAUUAGGUGCCCCCAUCGACAUGAGCCGAUAUCAACCGACGAGUCUGAAUGACAUACUGACGUUCGACUUUAUUAGCAAGUCAAUAUAUUCCACCACACACUCCAACCCGAAGAGAAGGAUCGAGUCCCCGCUGAAAGAGGCCUUAGACGAUGUUAUUCGGGAAGUAAUGGAAAUAAUUAACGCACCAUCAAGACAACGCGGUCGAGUAAUCGACUUCAAUGAGCUUCUAUACGGCUAUACGAGAUUGGAUCCACUGCAUGGUGCUGAUCAUAUCCUUGACCUGCUGCUCCGGUACCGGAGGUAUCGAGGACGCAAGAUGACUGCUGCGGUUAGGAGGCAUGCUUAUCUGCAGCAGACGUUUACUGGUAUGGAGAUAAGAGAACUUCCAAUGGGAGAGCCAGCGCCGAGCGAGGACCCUGAGUUGUCGGACAAUGCCGACACAAAGGACCCCAUGGAUUACGACUUUGACGAGUCUAGUCAGCAGCAGAAUAGCUUCCUCGACUUCGGGAGAUUGGGGGUCAAAGAGGCUCUAGAAACGGGACUAAUGAAGCUCCAGAAUUUGCCUAAAGUCCUCAAAUGGAGCGACGCUGAUAUAGAAGAGUAUCCUGUGUAUAGUAGAAUAAUCAAUUUUAUACUGCCCCUUAUGGGCAGGCAAGAAAUCUUCGGACGUUUCAUGAAAAAUUAUGAAGACAUUGUCCUAAAAACUGACGAGGCUGUGACGUUAAUAGUCGUACUAUAUUUAGACAGUAAGAAUCCGUUGGACUACGGAAAUACGGAAUCCCUUAUAACCUAUUAUAAGGAUUUAUAUGGGAAAGAGAUUAAAGUCGUCCGAAUGGGAUCGACGACAUUUUCAAGAGGCGCUGCGCUCACCGAAGGACUGAAACAGUGCUCAGACGACGACUUAGUUUCCUUUAUAGACGUCGACGUAAUGUUCAAUUUCGAAAGUCUUAGGCGGAUAAGGAUAAACACUAUCAAAUACAAUCAAGUGUACUUCCCUAUAGUGUUCAGCGAAUACGAUCCGGACGUUGUUAAUGGAGAGGACUAUAACAAAUUCAAAGGUGAAACGUUCGUAAUAAAUAGUGAUUUAGGUAAGUACGUGGACAGUUCCGAAAGUGGUGCUAAAUCGGAGCGAGAACUCACUAAUUUGAAGUACAGUAAAGAGAUACAUGACGACUAUGGGUACUUUAGGCAAUACGGUUUUGGUAUACUAAGUAUAUUUAAGAGGGACUUUGAAAGGGUGGGUGGUUUCGACCUUACCAUUAAGGGUUGGGGGUUGGAAGACGUUCAAUUAUUUGAAACUAUGAUCAAGUCGAAUUUGACUGUGUAUCGAGGUCCAGAUGACAGUUUGGUACAUAUCUUCCACUCGGUAGACUGUGAUAAGCAUUUGGAGAAGAGUCAGUUUUUGAUGUGCCUAGGGACGAAGGCUUCGACUCAUGGUAAUGACAAGCACAUGACAUAUUAUAUGUUGAACCAUCCGGAUGUGCUCUGGCCAGACUUGGAGAAAGGUGCUAGCUAGUACAGGGUUCAGGAUUAGCUUAUUUUAUAACUAAGAAUCCCCUUUUGUGAAGGGGUUGUAUGUAAUUGUAAAUGUAAUUGAUAUUACGUCUACUCAA